UGUCCUCGCAGGAUAUCCUGAAGGUUGAAGAAUGCGGUGCUUCUAGAUUGAGUUGAAGAGGUCCAGAGAAGACAGUGAUGUGGCUUUGUGGUUACGAGAUCAAGGGCAGCUGAUCAUGAAGACCACGGCUUCAGUCUCCAACGCAUCAGUGCAGGCAGAUGUUCGAAACCACAGCGCGCUGCACAGCUGUAGCAUCGACGAGUCCUACAAGUAUGUCAUCUUGCCUCUGUGCUACUCCUUGACCUUCUUGCUCAGCCUCGUCCUGAACUCCACCGUCCUCCUGCGGUCCUACCGGUGCAAGAGUGGCCGUCAGUGGAACACUUCGCUGAUCUACAUGGUCAAUCUGGCCUCCACGGAUCUGAUGUACAGCUUCUCAUUGCCGUUCCUCGUGGCUAGCUACGUGAUGCGUGACCACUGGGUUUUCGGAGACUUCAUGUGCAGGCUGGUGCGUUUCUUGUUUUACUUCAACCUGUACUGCAGCAUCUUCUUCCUCACCUGUAUAUCUGUCCAUCGCUACAUGGGCAUCUGCCAUCCGAUUAGAACCAUCACCCUGGAGAGCAAGCGGGUUGUUAGAGGCAUCUGCGCUGCCGUUUGGGUCGUAGUGUUCAUACUUACGUGCCCCAUCGUCCGGUUUGCCAAAACAGGGGACGUUUUGAGGAAACUAGGAGGUGGAGUGAAUGAAGGAGUCGAUUCUUGGUCGGAAGUUGGCAGUGACGCUGGAAAAGUCGAGGUGGAGGUAUACAGGAACUGUUGGGAUGACGCAAUAGACACCGAGUUUUCCGAAUACGUGCCUUAUGGAAUCGUUCUGCACCUUCUGGGCUUCUUUCUCCCUUUUAUCGUCAUUGCGUGGUGCUAUUCGCAGGUGGUGCGGACCAUUUUCCUGACGCUACAUUCCCAGCCACAGGUGCAGGAGGAAGGGGGAAUGUGUGGUGGGGUGGAAGGGGUCAAGGACAGGACGUCCGUGUCCAUCUCGGGCUCUCAGCACGCACCGUACCUCAACAGGCGACGCAAGUCCAUCAAAACCAUCAUCGCCAUCACCAUCCUGUUCGCACUGUGUUUUCUGCCCUUCCACAUAACGCGCACGCUCUUCCUCGUCCUCAAAGAAACGAAGGCCGCCGAGUGCCAAACCAUGCGGAUGGUUUCCAUUUGCUACAAGAUCACUCGGCCGCUGGCUUCCUGCAAUUCGUGGCUCAAUGCGCUCCUUUAUUUCUUAACAGGAGACAAAAGCUUAGCCUGCUGUGGACGGUCCGACGCCGGUCAUAACACCCACCUUCUCUGGCCUUUACAGAUUCUUGGAGGACAGAAAGAGGCUGAGGAUCAAGAGCAAGGCAAUUCACAUAAGGCAGGCGAAGCUCAUGAAAGUGACUCGAAAUCAUCAGGAAUAACAUAAAUGAGGUUGGGAAUGCACAAAGGGACAGACCUACUUUACAUGCUUCCGAUUUCAUAUUUAUUUAUUAUUCAUUAAUAUUACAGAGUAAUUUCACACAAUCUUGAGUAUUGCAGCAUGUUUAAUGCUAGUAUGCGACCGAGCAGUUAUAACCAGCCACCUCUUUUAAACAUUAUGUUUUUGUGUUUGUUUGUGAUGGAUAUUUGGUGAGUAAAAAUGUAAAACCAGUAAAUAUUAAUAAAGUAAUAAUUCAUCCAAAGUAUGAAAUUGGCAUUUCUUAAGCACAAAAUAAGUUAUUAAUUGCUGAGUGACCAGAAUUGAAGUACUGUUAACAGGCCAAAAUAAUAAACAAAAGAAACAGGAAGUAAAAAGUUACUAAUUUACAUCUUGUGACAAUUAAACUGAUUCGCUCACAUUAUCAGCAAGGCAUGCCCUGUUUGUUGUAGAGAUCCUGAAACGGUUGAA